GUCCUUCGGCCACACGCGCUGCUCCUUGCGGCUUGACCCGCGCGCCAGCGCUCUUACUUUCGGCUGCUGCGCUCGCAGCGCAAUCCGCGCGCGAAGGCGUUGGUCACCUAAAGCGCUUGCCUCGCGGCGUUACCCCGCGCUGGGCGAGGCACUUGGGCUGCAGCCAUGUUCUACUCCCAUGAUUUGCUUGGGCGUAAGAGCACUCUCGGCGCCAUCUGGACGAUGGCGCACGGCAAGAAGUUGAGCAAGUGCAAAAUCCUGGGCAUCAACGUCACGGACGUUUGCAAGCAAAUCAUGCAGCCCGACGUGCCGCAUUCGCUUCGCCUGCAAGGCAUUCUGAUUGGUGGUGUGGUGGUCGUGUUCAACAAGCAGCAAAUCUACCUGCUCGAGGACCUGCAGGGCAUGCUGCGUCGGGUGCGGGCGGCCUCCGCGCCCGAGGAGGCGGCCAUGGCCGCAGCCAACACCGUGCUGCAGAAGGGCAAGGAUCGGGCCAGGGCCGAGGCCAUCACCCUGGCUGACGACCAGCUGGGCGGCGCGGGCGGCGGCAUGGGCGGCGCGGGCGGCGUGGGCGGCUUCGGCGAAUGGGGCGGCAUGGGCGACCUGGCUGAUCUGGAGCAGCACAUGCUGGUGCUGCCCACGGCGGAGCUGAUGAAGGGCUUCAGGGACCUGGAUGAUCUGGCUGACCCAGAUGAGGAGGCAGCGGAGCAGGCGCAGGCCAAGCAGGGCCGCCGCCGCCGCGGCCACGGCGCCACGGAGAAUGGCGGCGCUGCUGCUGCUGGCGGCGCUGCGGGCGUUGACGACGAGGACUUUCUGGUGGCGCCGACCCUGGCGCCGCAGAGCGGCACGGAAGGCCUGUCCAACCGUCUCACCGCCGGCACGGGCUCGCACAAGCUGCCAACCCAAAACCAGCCCUUCCACACCAACUUCGAGGACGACGUGUUUGAGGCUCCCGACCUGGAGCUGAUGAUGGACCCCGACACCGACGGCGCCGGAGAUGCCGUGUUUCUGGCGCUAGCCGGCUUCGGGCGUGACAAGUCGAAGACCAACACCGGCAACAAGAACGCUUCAGCCGGCCCCAGCAACACCAAGACCGCCGCUGGCGCCUCUGCCGGCGCCGCCGGCACCUCUGCUGGCGGCCGCGCCCGCGGCGGCCGCGCCGAUGACGACAGCAUGAUGGACCUGUUUGAGGCGCCCAGCGACCUGCUGCUGCAAGACCUCAUGGGAGACCUGCCCGGGGCAGCAGGAGCGGCGGCGGCCGGCGGCGCCCGCCGGCCUGCGCGCCGCGCCGCCGCUGGUGCGGCCGGCGAGAUCACGGAGGAGAUGGGCGAGGGCGAGGAGGCGGAGGAAGGCGGAGAGGCGGGCGCCAGACGGCGGCAGCAGCAGCCGAGUCGCUCCAUGUCUGUGUCGGUCCCGUUCCCCAUGGUGGAGGAGCCGCAGGAGCACUCCGUGCCGCCGUCACCGAUGCAAGACGACGACAUGUUCCCCAUGCUCAACGACCCCAACGACCUGGCCAUGCACGGCCUGCACGACGACAACAACAACAGCCUGGGCCAGCAGCAGCCGCAGCCCACCGGCAGCGAGGGCGGCUUCGGCUUUGCCACCGCCGCCGCUGCAGGAGGCGCCGCGGCCGCAGCCGCCGCCGCUGCCACCGCCAAGAACCAGAAGCGGCGGCGCACCUCGGACGAGGACAACGACAGCGCCAGCGAGGCUUCACUGUCUGCACUGCUGGCGGACUCACCCAGCCAGAACCAGCAGCAGGCGGCGGACCAGCAGCAGCAGCAGCAGCAGCAGCAGCAGCAGCAGGGCCAGGGCGUCCGUACCAAGGCGCAGCAGGCGCAGCGCCGCGACGGCACCGCCGCCAGGCCUGCGCGCCGCCGUGCCGGUGCGAAGGUCACACUGGACGAUGACGCCGAGACCCUGGUCCGCACCAGCCUCUACCGCGAGUGGACGCUAGACUCGCGCCCGCUGCUUGUGUCGCCUAGGGGCGCGGCCGGGCCUGGCGCCGCACGCAACCGCCGCCUCAGCGCCGGUGCAUCUCCCACCGCCCUCCAGCGCCGUCGCGGCCUGUUUGCCACUGGCGCUGCAACCGCAGCCGCCGCUGGUGGCGCCCGUCAGCACGCCGGCCCGGGUGUCGGUGUGAGCAUGGACGUCUCCAUCGGCGCCGCGCUGGCAGCUGGCGACAGCGACGCCGUGGCGGCGGCGGUGCUGCGCGCGCCCGCGGUGGCGCUGGGCCUGGGCUUCCGGUCCCUGGGUUGGGCGCCGCCACUGCUGCAGCUGCUGGAGAUGGCGGCCGACGGCCGGUCUCCGGCUGAGGCAGCCGCCGCCGCUGCGGCGGCGGCUACUGCAGCCGCUGCGGCCGAGGACAACGAGGGUGACGGCCGCGGUGCCAAGCGCCAGCGCAAGGCCAAGACGGCCGCCGCGCCGCACCUGGCCGCCGCAGGCGGUACCGGUGCCCAGCAGGCGGCGGCGGACGCUGCUGAGGCGUCGCUGCUUGUGUCUGAGGCGUCGGACCUGCACGCGCGCGAGACGCGGCUGGGUAACGACGGCAUGAUGGCGGAGGGCGAGGAAGGGCAGAUGGACAUGCCGCUGCCGGAGGAAUAUGAGAUGAAUUUUCAGGACGAGGAUGUGGAAAUGGAGAGGCUGCGUGCGGAGGACACGCCUGACGGCCAGCGCCUGCAGGCGCAGCAGCGUGCCGCGCUGGGCCUGACGCCCGGCGGCGCCGGCGCCGGCGGCAGCAGUGGCGGCGGCCGCGGCACGCUGCGAGACCUGCUGCUAGCAGCCACUGGCGGCCGCGGCGGCUCCAGUCGCGCCACUGGCACCACUGGCACCACCAACAGCAGCGGCCUGCUGGGCCGCGAGUCCGAGACGGACGGCAGUGCACACGGCGGCUCCAGGCGCGGCGGGCGCACCAGCGGCGGCGGCCCGCUGGGGCUGCUGCGGUUUGGCACGGGCGCGCUGGAGGACCUGCUGCCCGCCAUCGAGGAGGGCGGCAUGGGUAUGGCGGAGGACACCAUGAUGAUGGAGGACGAGGAGGACCUCACGCUGCCGCCUUCCGAGCGGGCCACAAGUGGUGCCAACGGCAGCGGCGGCAACGCCCUGCGCAGCUCGCGCCUGCGCGCCGGCUCCGGCCCUGACAGCACGCAGCUGCCGGGCAGCGGCGGCGAGUUCCACCUGCGGGAGACGUUCGGCCAGACGCAGGCGCUGCCUGGCGGUGGCGGCUUGGGCGGCGGCGCCAUGGCUUACAUGAGCCGCAACACCAGCAUCGUGCUCAGCAUUUAUCGGCAGCGCCUGAGCGCGCUUCGGCAACAGCAGGGAGAGCAGCAGCAGCAGCAGCAGCAGGCGCCCAGCGGCGCAGAGGGCGCGACCACGGACGGGGCCGCACCCUCCGCCUCCGCUGGCGCGGCCGGCGGCCGCACUGCCGCCACAACCACGGGUCUGUCCUUCUUCAGCCUGGCGUGUGAGCUGACGCGGCCCGAGGCCGUCAAGCUGUUCUACCAGACGCUGGUUACGCACACCACUGGUCUCGUGCAUGCCUCGCAGGCUGAGCCAUACGGCGACAUCACCAUCGUUAUGGGCCAGGUCGCGUAGCAAAGUGGUGGUGGUGGCGGUGGUGGCGGUGGGCGUGGGUUCUAUGCAGGCCCGCAUGGAAGUGUAUAUGUGAGACGGAGAUAAUUGAGGCACGCCCGCGACGGCAAAACUCGCCGCUGGGUUGGGCAGUGCUGACUGUACAUACGGUAUGGAUGGAACCGCGCCCGAUGAGCGGAGUGGCGCGUUCGGCCACCCGGGACGCAAACAUGCAUGAAUGAACACCGUACACCUUGCCAUCAGCCAGCUGCAGAUACCGUAUGAUAACUAGCGAUUUCCCGGGAAGGUAUCUGAGACGGGCAUACAUGCAUUAUCUGGUCCAGUACUUAGUGCCCGGCGGAGUCACAGUGGAAAUAACCUAGCAUGGAGACGGGAAUGCGUGCCAUGUUGCCUGGGCCAGGGCUUCG